AUGCUGCUCCGACUGCAAACGUACAAUCUAGAUGACCAGUACAAACCUGGCUCACAAAUGUACAUAGCAGAUCAUCUUUCCAGAGCCUAUCUUCCCAACCAAGAAGAACAGGAUGAAGAAUUUCAAGUGUUUGCAUUAGAAGUCGAAGCCUUGAACCCGUUUGAUUCCCUGGCCGUGUCAAGCGAAAGGCUAGCGCAGUUACAAAAAGCAACAGAGCAAGACCUAGUACUGCAAACUGUUAAGAGCACAGUGGUGAUAGGAUGGCCAGAAGAGAGAGGUGAGACACCUAUUCAAAUGAGAAAAUAUUGGACCUGCAGAGAAGAUAUUUCCUUGCAUAAUAGAAUACUGUUCAAGAGCCAACGCCUCAUCAUCCCUAAGGCCCUUAGACCAGAAAUCAUCUCCAGAAGCCAUGCAAGUCACCUCGGCAUUGAGGCUUGUCUGAGGAAAGCUCGAGAUGUAGUCUUCUGGCCUGGAAUGAACAGUGAGAUAAAGGAAGCAAUCGCAAAGUGUUCUCUGUGUGCAGAGUUUCAAGCAAGGAACCCUAAAGAACCAAUGCAGACAUUAAAAGUUCCAGAUCGUCCCUGGAGUCGACUAGCAGUUGACAUGUUUACCCUUCAGAGAAAAGAGUAUAUUUUCCUUGUGGAUUAUUACUCAGACUUCGUAGAAGUCCAAGAACUCAGUGACACAACUUCACCAACCAUCAUUCAAUUUCUGAAGGAACAGUUCAGCAGACACGGAAUUUCAGACGUACUUGUUUCAGAUAAUGGUCAACAACGAACAAGCCAUGAAUUCAGGAAAUUUGCCAUAGAGUGGGAGUUCAAACAUGUAACCUCGUCGCCCCAUCAUCACAAGUCAAAUGGGAAAGCUGAAUCCGCAGUGAAAAUCACCAAGAGUCUGUUAAAUAAAGAUCCCUGGCUUGCCUUACUUGAAUACACAAACACACCCGUCGAAACCAUAGGAUCAAGUCCAGCACAGCGACUUAUGUCCCGAAGAACAAAGACUCUCAUGCCAACAGCCUCAACCCUCCUCCGUCCUCGUGUCGUGGAAGGCGUAGAAGGUCAAAUCAAGCUAAAAAGGCAGAGAGCAAAGAGUUACCAUGACCAAACAGCAAAGUCAUUGCCGCCAUUGGAAAUGGGUCAAGAGGUCAGAGAAGCACCACUGCAAAGAGGCAAGAGCUGUCAAGCAGGAACUCUUGUCAAGCAACUGACAGGUCUUACCUUUUGA